GACUGUGGCUUUUUUCUUGGAGUGUGGGGCCCGGGAAGUCGCCGAGAGGCCUAAGCUGGCUACUUCGAGGCCGUUCAGUUGGCUUCCGCUGUGAGGACUUUAGGUUUAGCCAGAAGAGGUGGCGCCUCCAGUGCGGACCCUGUGGCGGUUGCCAUGGCAGCAGUCGCUGGGCAGGACCAGCCCGGUCGUCGCCUCAGCCCGGCGGAGCUUGGAAAGCGACCUUGGGCCUGCGCGACUCGGCCCACCGAGUCACCCCGCUUUCCAAAGGGUGGGGGUACCGCCAGGGUGCCUGGCCGUUGAUGGGACUGAUUUCCCGAGCAGCGUUGACUCGGUGGAAAAUGCCAAGUUCGUGGCUUGUCUUUUAGUCCUUUGGUUUUUUUGAGGCUCUUCACACUGAAAUUUUUGACGAAGUGGUUGUAGUGAUAGGAAUUUAUUGAGCCCUUAUCAGGCACUUCGUUAGACCUUUUGUGUGCAUUUUUGCAUUUAAUCCUUGGAAAAAUCUGAUGAGAUAGGAGAUGUGAAAACAAAUCCAAGGAACUCAAGUGAUUUGCUCAAGAUCACACAAUGAGUUGGGAUCAAUUUGACAACUUAGAAAAACACACACAGUGGGGAAUUGAUAUUCUUGAGAAAUACAUCAAAUUUGUAAAGGAAAGGACAGAGAUUGAACUCAGCUAUGCAAAGCAACUCAGGAAUCUUUCGAAGAAAUACCAACCUAAAAAGAACUCGAAGGAGGAAGAAGAAUACAGGUAUACAGCAUGUAAAGCCUUCCUUUCCACCCUGAACGAGAUGAACGAUUAUGCUGGACAGCAUGAAGUCAUCUCCGAGAAUAUGACCUCCCAGAUCACCGUGGAGCUAGCACGCUACGUCCAGGAAUUGAAGCAGGAGAGGAAAUCGCACUUUCAUGACGGACGGAAGGCACAGCAGCACAUAGAGACUUGCUGGAAGCAACUAGAAUCAAGUAAAAGACGUUUUGAGCGGGAUUGCAAAGAGGCUGACCGAGCCCAGCAGUACUUUGAGAAAAUGGAUGCUGACAUAAAUGUUACAAAAGCAGAUGUUGAAAAGGCACGACAACAAGCUCAAAUGCGUCACCAAAUGGCAGAGGACAGCAAAGCAGAUUACUCAUCAAUUCUUCAGAAAUUCAACCACGAGCAGCAUGAAUAUUACCAUACUCAUAUUCCCAAUAUCUUUCAGAAAAUACAAGAGAUGGAGGAGAGGAGGAUAGUGAGAAUUGGAGAAUCAGUGAAGACGUAUGCAGAGCUGGAUCGGCAGGUGAUUCCAAUCAUCGGGAAGUGCUUGGAUGGAAUAGUAAAGGCAGCCGAGUCAAUUGAUCCGAAAAAUGAUUCACAGCUGGCCAUAGAAGCUUAUAAGUCCGGUUUUGAGCCGCCUGGAGACAUUGAAUUUGAGGAUUACACCCAGCCGAUGAAGCGCACUGUGUCAGAUAACAGCCUUUCGAAUUCCAGAGGAGAAGGCAAAUCAGAGCUCAAAUUUGGUGGCAAAUCCAAAGGAAAGUUAUGGCCGUUCAUCAAAAAAAAUAAGCUUAUGUCCCUUUUAACAUCCCCCCAUCAGCCUCCCCCACCUCCCCCUGCCUCUGCCUCACCCUCUGCUGUUCCCAACGGCCCCCAGUCUCCCAAGCAGCAAAAGGAACCCCUCUCCCAUCGCUUCAACGAGUUCAUGACCUCCAAACCCAAAAUCCACUGCUUCAGGAGUCUAAAGCGUGGGACUCAGUCUCUCUGUUUUCACAAAGAACUCAUGAAGAGGACGAUAGGGAAACCCACGUAUGCUUUUGAAGCUAGGGAUUAUGUUCUUUCUCUCAAGCUGGGUGCGACUCCAGAAGAUUUCAGCAACCUCCCACCUGAACAGAGAAGGAAAAAGCUACAACAGAAAGUCGAUGAAUUAAAUAAAGAAAUUCAAAAGGAGAUGGAUCAAAGAGAUGCCAUCACAAAAAUGAAAGAUGUCUACCUAAAGAAUCCGCAAAUGGGAGACCCCGCCAGUUUGGAUCACAAAUUAGCGGAAGUCAGCCAAAAUAUAGAAAAACUGAGACUGGAGGCCCAGAAAUUUGAGGCCUGGCUGGCCGAGGUUGAAGGCAGACUCCCAGCACGCAGCGAACAGGCCCGUCGGCACAGCGGCAUGUACGAUGUGCAGAACCCCCCAGCCGUCAACAACUGUGCACAGGAUCGGGAGAGCAGCCCGGAUGGCAGUUACACGGAGGACCAGAGUCAGGAGAGUGAGGUCAAGGUGCUGGCCACGGAUUUCGACGAUGAGUUUGAUGAUGAGGAAUCCCUCCCCGCCAUAGGGACGUGUAAAGCUCUCUACACGUUCGAAGGUCAGAACGAAGGAACCAUUUCAGUAGCUGAAGGAGAAACACUGUACGUUAUAGAGGAAGACAAAGGUGACGGGUGGACCCGCAUCCGGAGAAGUGAAGACGAAGAGGGUUAUGUCCCCACUUCAUACGUCGAAGUCUAUUUGGACAAAAAUGCCAAAGGUGCUAAGACUUAUAUUUAAUACAACUUAAAAAAAAACCAAAAACACAAAAAACUUUAAAACAUUGGAGUUGUUUCUCCCCACAACUAUGACUGUUAACAGGCAGUUCUUCAAAAGACUGGAUGGGGAGCGUCGCAGUUUCUUUUAGGGACGAGGUGGACUUUCAGGCAUCUUACACCUGAAUUUCCUGGGCUGGUUUUGACGAUAAUCAAGUUUCACUUGCUAAUGACAUUUUACUUGGAAAGCUGCCAGCUGCCAAUGUACAACUGUGUCCUUUGAAAUCUGAUAAACAUUUCUUCUUGGGCAGCAUCUGUAGAUAACCAAAAAGUUGCCUUCUAGCUUCUAAUCCGUAUUUCUGAAUCUAAAAGUCCAUGCACAUCCUAGGGGUGCAGAAGACUUCAGUUCUCUUAUUUAUAUGUAGUGUCUGCCAGAAAUUGAACUACCUUAGGAUGUUACAUUUUGUAACUUCAUAAACUGAACUACGCUAGUUUGUUCAAUUUUACAGUCAUUCACUUCGAAGGAAGUCAUCAAUGAAGUAUAGAAUAAGUAAAGAAUAAGAUUGGUACCAAAAGUGUGUAUAUUUCCUUAAACAUGUUUAAGAUAAUUGUUAGAUCACCGUGUUUUCAGGUUAUGUCUAUAUGAUCCUACGCAACCAAUUGAAAUAUGGAAAACUUUGGUCGAUCAACCAGUUGAUUUUUACAUAUGACUACUGAUCUUCCUUCCUCCUGCCAGUUGACAGAGCUGAUCAGAUGUGCUAGUGCUGUUUAGAUAAACUUACAUAAAAACAGCUCACUUCAUUCUGUUCUUUUGGAGGUUUUGUGGGAGGUGGAGCUGUAUUCCGUUCAUACUUGCCCAGGUGGGGCUGUGAAUAGACCCUUGUAAGCAACUGCGUCUACACACAGACCCCAGCACGUCACUUUUCAAGGGUUUUUUGGUUUGUUUUUUAAUCACUGGCAUCUUUAAGACCCAAAGUGUGAAUUCACUGAAAACUGUUUUAGAAUUUCUAGCUCGUUUUAUGGUGCACCAUCUUCAAAGAAUCUGGGUCACUUGGGGAUUUGCAUUUUUAAAUUGGCAGGAUAGGUAGUGAAAUUGGUGACAUGCCCAAUGGCUGUGCUCAUUUCUAGAAUCUUCCCUGAGAUCACAGAGAACCAGCUAAAAGUGAGUCAGAAUAAAGGUAUGGGGUUGAGAUUCUCUUUUUAUUUGGCUUUGAAAAUUAUUUAUUCAUGUCCUUCCUACUCUUAAACAGGAUAUUAGCUCCUUGCUUCGACACUGUGGGCUCCUUUUAGAAUGUCAGAUCAAUUUAAAGCUGAUUUUAAAACUGACAGCAGCAUAUCAGGGGUCUAGGAGCUGGCAGGAGCUAUGGGCGACUGCUGCAGAGUCUAGCAGAGAGCUCUCUUACAUUUCCCGACGGCCGCCAAGAUGGAAUUUAGUAACCUUUACUUAAUGACUGUCUGAUUUUUGUUUUGUUUUGUUUUUUUGAGGUACGCGGGCCUCUCACUGCUGCGGCCUCUCCCGUUGCGGAGCACAGGCUCCGGACGCGCAGGCUCAGCAGCCGUGGCUCACGGGCCCAGCCGCUCCGCGGCAUGUGGGAUCUUCCCAGACCAGGGCACGAACCCGUGUCCCCUGCAUCGGCAGGCGGACUCCCAACCACUGCGCCACCAGGGAAGCCGUGACUGUCUGAUUUUUAAAACAUUUUUUAUUUUGAAAUAAUUAUAGAUUCUCAGGAAGUUGCAAAGAUAAAGCAGAGAGAUCCCCUACAUCCAGCUUCCCCCAGUGGUUGCAUCUGACACAACUGUGGUCCAAUAUCAAAAGCGGGAAACCGGCCCUGGCCAGCCUGAUUUUUUUUUUUAAAUAUAAUUUUGUAAUUCAGAUUUCUUUUGCUUUAUUAUACCUUUGCUGCCGUAAUAUUGAUAAAGCCACUGACCCUGACCCCAGACCUCUCAGGAGAGUCAUUUCAGUUCUUCCUUUUAACUACCGCAGCAAGAAAAUCAGCUGACCGUGGGGAUUGAACGGGCAGUAGGUGGUCACAGCUUUGGGCAGGUAACCAAGUGAAUCCCUAAGAUAUUAAAACCUAACCUUUCUAUCCUGCGAUGAACUCAUUUCCAGACUGUGAAUUAUUGGAGACAGCAAACCAAGCACUGAAAAAUGAGGCAGGAUAACAUUAGUCUUCUAAAAGCCUGACUUGAAAAGUACGGCAUUCCACGAAGUUGGUUGGUGGUGUUUCUUUUGUUUUCCCCUCCUCCUUAGAGUUGUGCAAAUCUGACUCAGGAAAGCACUCAGCUGGCUUUCGGGGAUGGGAGGGGCGAUUUGGGCACAUAAAUGAUGAUCAUUAUUUUAGGCUGUAUGCCUCAAUACCUUUACCAGAUGAAUCUAUGUACUAGCGACUCAACGGUGAAAGAUAUCUUGUAGUUUCAGGUCCAUCUAGUCAGUGCGCAGAGGAUUAGCAGAAGUCUUGAUGCCCAGAGAAUCACAAAUUUCCAUUUCCACCCGAAGUAUACUUUGUGUUCUUCCAACAGUUAUCUGUUAAAAUAAAAGUAGCAAAGUCUCAGCUUGUGUAUAAAGUUUUCUCCUUUUGUUUAGAGAUACACUUAGAGGUUAAUAAUGUAUGUCGAAGCCUUCCUUCCCUGCCUUGUUUAUGAAUCCGCUCCGCCUGCUCCAUAAACGCUGCCCUCUCCUUAAGCCCGUCCCAGGUGGGCGGGGCUGCUGCUUUCCGAUGCCCGUAACUCAAAAGGAGUUGUUUUAUUGUCAGUAAUGCCAGAGCACUUUUGUGUGUGUGUGUGGUGUCUACCAUGUGACUAUUUAAUAAUUGCCAAAGUAGUUAGACUAGAGUAAGUUCCAACUGGUCAACUGAAUUGUGACUGUCCUCUUUUAUGGUUUUGUUUUUGUUUUUUUAAAUUGCUCUCUGUGAAAUAUAUCCAUAACCGCCCCCUGCCCCAAUAGAUUUGUAUAUACUGCAAUAGAAAAACUAAAAGGAUUACUUGAAUUCGUUGUUUUAAUGUUUUACUCUUCUUUGUGUUUGUUUUAUUGGUGAUUCUGAUGCCUAAUGACCUUUUUGUUUUUGUAACCGCUGGGGGAGCCGGAAGGACGGUUACAGUGGUAGCUAGGUCCCCUGCCAGCUGAUCCACAUUUGAGUUUAUUGUAGACACUUGGGUUCUGAGUAAGUUCUGUUUGAAUAUGGCCAACAUGACUGUUUCUCUCUCUCCUUAUCUUACAAGAAAAGAAUCUGUCUGGCUCCUUUUAGUUGUACCCUCGUAUCUGCCUCUCUAAUAAACGUUAUAUUUUUCUCAGUGUUGUGUAUUUUAAAUGAUUUUUCCCCUCUCCGAGAAAAUUAUUCUGUGUAAUCCGAGUAAUUUAACUCUUUCGUCUUCAAUAAUGGGGAAUUUUCUAGCCAAAUGCUUUUCAAAAAAAAAAAAAAAAAUUC